ACCACACCACACCUCACUACAUCACACCCCACCACACUUCACUACACCACACUUCACUUCACCACACCACACCUCACUACAUCACACCCCACCACACUUCACCACACCCCACCACACUUCACCACACUUCACCACACCACACCACACUUCACCACACCUCACUAC